ACAACUUAUAUAUAGCUUAGUACAACUACAACUACAAGAGAGUAACUAAAAUUGUAACUGCUCAGUUUCGCCGUCACGGCGUUAGGUGCUCGAGUGGAACGAACCAUUCCUCGCGCAGUCGUCUCUGACUGCGGUUUGUACUUGGAAGCAGUCGGUAGCCUGGAGCCAGUGGAGGUGCCCGCUCUACGCGACCUGAGUGAUCAACGGCCGGCAAUAUGUCGCGCUUGCUUGUAGUGGUAACGUUGCUUGUCGACGUUCUCCUUCUGCCUGUUUGUCGCUCGCAGCUAAUCUGGACACCAGUACUUCAAAGCGGAACCAAGCCUUCUGCUCGGAAUGAUUUUGGCCUAGGAUACGAUCCGAAUGCCAAUGUCGUGUAUUUGUUUGGCGGUAGGGGAGACGCUGGAAUUAUGAACGAUUUGUGGCGCUUCGAUUUGAGCACGAGAUUAUGGAGAGAGCUGAGUCCAACGCAACAGCCGCCACCAAGGUUUAGUAUGAUUUCAGGAUUCUACACAUUAGGAGAAGAUGGUUUGUUCGUGAUCUCAACUGGUGAAGGCAACAGUAAAGUCUUCUUCAAUGACGUCUGGGCUUAUAAUGUCAAUAAUGGAAGCUGGACGGAGCUGCCGUCAGAUGGUGAUGUGCCAACGAAGAGAUACGGCUCCGCGGGGGGCCUUCACGUGAACGGCACAUCCCUGUACGUGUCGCAUGGCUUCUCAAACCGGCGGUUUUCCGACACAAGCCGCUACGACUUGGACAAGAUGAGAUGGACAUCCGUGUUUGGCGGCACCGGGGAGUAUUCGGCUACGCAACCGCACGCGCGAUGCCUUGUCGGCAGUACAAUGGCCGCACCGGACGAGCCAGUGAUGUUUGGCGGCUGCCUCAGCGGUGGGUUCAGCGGGGGACCGUGUCCGGCCAUCGACUCCUGGGCGUUUCGUAACUCCAAGUGGGAACGCAUGAAAGACUGUGCAGCCCCUCGUCAGUACUCGGCCAUGGCAAGGUGGCCAGGACGCGAUGGAGCUGUCGUUAUGUUCAGCGGUUUGGAAAAGGAUAGAUCCAUCAUCAUGAGCAAGACCUCAGAGGACAAUGAAGUCGACUACUUGGAAACCAGCUCUGGAGAAUGGAAGCGUCUUGCCACAACUGGAUCUGCAGGCCCUCUGCCGCCAUUACGCCGUAGCCACGGUAUGGUGACCAUUACUGAUGGAGGCGCCAUGACUGGUAUUCUGCUCUGGGGAGGUUUUGAGUCUGGCGGUGGCAACCUGGAUGACAUGUGGCUUCUGACUGGUAACCCUGAAACGGCCGACACUGUUGGAAGUUGCGGUCCUACCUGGUUCCUCUACAUGCAUCUGCACGGUUUCUUCAUGAUUAUCAGCUGGGGAAUUCUACUCAUUGCCGGUGUCUUCAUUGCACGGUAUUUCCGCGACAAGGAUCCACUCUGGUUCAAGCUGCAUCGCGGUCUUCAGAUCGCUGGAGCUAGCCUUUCCUUUCUCGGUAUCAUCCUGGUAUUCCCUGGCACUCGUGCUGUGCCUAACUUUGCUCACGGCCUCAUCGGUGCGCUCAUCCUCAUCUUCAGCAUCCAGCAAAUCAUCAACGGUCUCAUGCGUCCACACAAGGGCGAGGGUGAGCCUCCCAAGAAGCGUGUGUAUUGGGAGUACUGGCACUUGUGGGGUGGUCGUCUGUUCCUGGUCCUGGGCGCCAUCAACAUCAGCCUUGGCGUCUAUCUCAUACUGGCCCCAGCUGCCGUCAUUGCCAUUUGGUUUGUCAUCUUUGCUGCUUGGAUUGUGGCCUUCGUCGUGUUCGAGAUCAAACUUCAGGUACUGAAACGAAAGAGCCACGCGCUCUAAGAAGACGCGAAUGAGUUCAUUCCUCUUGACCAGGCUACGUCACUUCUUCCAAGGAUCGACAAUCAUGUACAUCGACCGUCGCUCUUCCAGCUCUGCAUGUAUACUGACAUUAUUAUGUACAUGUACGGCAUUGACCAUCAGACCAUGCAGGGCAGGUUGAAGGCGAGCUGCAACCGGACCUUAGUCUAGAAGCCGCAUGACGCUUGGUAGCCAGCAUGUGGGCAUUCUUAGUCUUACCGAGAGAACCAUAUUCUAUAACAUAACAACUGUAUCACUCCCUUAGUAUUGACGCCUAUAGAUUUUUGCCAUACCUAAGCAGUCAAAUAUUCCUGCAUAUUUCACUCCUUAGGGCUAUAUUGACCGCUUAUAUUUGACUCCUUUUUAGCGAUUGAACACAGGCUUUGGCUAGUCGUGAUAAAUCUAAUAUUGACUUCGUACUUGGUCAGUAUAGGAAAUAAAAGACCUCGUAAAAGACCUCGGCUUUUAUUUCCGAUAUUGACCUCGUACUCAGUCAAUAUUAGAUACGUAUGAUAGCAUCAUGCGUGUACUGUUGUAAUAUGCUCAUGAACCCCUUGCAAUGACUGUUACGUCUGUACAGAUUGACAGUUGAUUAAUUUAAUUUCUUAUGAUUGCACACUGACCGUCCUGACAUGGAUCUGCACAAUAGCCGCUAUGCGUGUGUUGGUUUCACCCCCAAACCCCCACACCCUCCCCAUUCGGCAUUCGAUAUAAUUAUCAUGAUUAUAAUUAUACAGCUCAGUCCGAUUAUGCGCUAGGCCGGUGUUGGCGUAGGCUAGGUCCGGACGUCCUCCUGCCUCCCUGUGUGCUUCUACGAGUAUGACUACUAAAACUAUACGGCGCUAGUAAGAAUUCUACUAGUGACACUGUCUGUGACCUUGGUGACAGGUACUGUAUUUUGUAGUUCUAA